AUGAAUAAACUCGCUUUGCUACAAAGCAAGUGUCAUCAACAAGUCCACAACAAAAAAAAAAAUUCGCAUUAUAUUGGAUUUUAUUCGUUUUGUUGUGUCUCGUUGGUUAAAAUGGCUACUGGUGGUUUACCAUUUGAUGAAUUUCACAUAAAUACUGCUGAUCGUCGCCUUGAAAUUUUUACUCUUGUCUGGCUCGAUGCUAAUGUAAACGGUCAAGAUCUUCGAGAAACAGAACAAAAAUUACGUUCUAUUAUUAAUCAUAUCAAGAAAUUUCAAGAUGUAGAAAAAUGUCAAAAAUAUAUUGAACAACAAUCUCCAAAAGAGCGACUAAUAAUUAUUGUUAGUGGUCGAUUCGGACGAGUAAUAGUUCCUUCUAUUCAUGGAUUUCGACAAGUUAUAUCGAUCUAUGUUUAUUGCAUGGAUAGGAAAGGUAACAAAGAAUGGGCUGACAAAUUUGCUAAAGUAAAAGGUGUUGUUGUUGACUUUGUUGAACUCGUUUCUCGUAUUAAAGAAGAUCAUAAAUAUGAGAAAAAAUUUGAAGAACCAUUUUCAAUUAAUAUUUUUACUACAGGUUCUGGCAAAGGUAAAUCAACAUCUGGUGUAAAUGGUAGAUUUGUUUUUUUUCAAGUGCUUAUUGAUUGUCUUCUAAAACUAAAAUCGAAGGAAUCAGAUAAAAAUGAAGUUAUUAGAUGUUGUAAACUGCAAUAUGAAGGUAAUGAUUUUGAAUUGACCAAUCUUCAUGAAUUUGAAAAGAAUUAUUCACCUGACAAAGUCUUAUGGUGGUAUUCACGAGAAUCGUUCUUUUACAAUACUCUUAAUGCUAUUCUACGUAACGAAAAUAUUUAUAUGAUUUGUUUAUUUCGUACAUUUAUAUCUGAUAUCUAUCGUCAAUUGAAAUAUUAUCAAGUUAAAAAUCAUGUACGAGUUUAUCGUGGUCAAAAUAUAUCAAGUGAUGAAUUAGAAACUUUGAAACAAUUAGUUGGUCAUUUUAUUUCCGUGAAUUCAUUUUUUUCUACCAGUACUGUUUAUAAACUAGCACUUUCAUUUGUCAAAGGUCCUGAUAUUCAAACUGAUUUAGAACGAGUAUUAUUUGAAAUUGAUGCUGAUCCUAAAAUUGUCACUACAAAACCAUUUGCUGAUAUUAGUAAAUGUAGUGAAUAUAGUCAAGAAUCUGAAAUAUUAUUUAUGCUUGGUUCUAUUUUCCGUUUGGAUAGUGUCGAACGCAGUAGUGAUGAUCGACUAUGGAUUAUACGAAUGACUUUAUGUAGUGAAAAUGAACAUGCUUUAAAAGAUGUUCUCAUUCAUAUGAGACGGCAACUUGGCGAUGGUGAAACAAAUCUUCGAACAUUAGGAAAAGUAUUAUGGACUAUGGGAAAACUUGGUUUAGCUGAACAUUAUUUUAUUCGUUUUCUGGAAGAAGUUCCAUCACAUGAUCCUUUACUUCCUACUGUAUAUGAUGAACUUGGCGAGUUGACAUCACAGAGUCGUGAAUAUGAGAAGAGUGUUCACUGGCAUCAAAAAGCAAUCGAAUUCAAAAAUCAACAUCCAAAUAUUGAUACUAACAAGAAUAAUAAACAAAACGAUCAUACUAGUCCAUCGAAAAGAUCUGGUGAACUGCAACAAGCACCACUCAAACCGACGGGCGAUUAUAAUGACAAGACACUCUAUCAUAACAAUAUGGAACCUUCAAUGAAGAACGCAGGGGAACAUAAAACUUCUAUGAUCUAUCAUAAACAAACAUAUGAAGUCAAAAAAAAAUCGUCUUCGUCGAAGCAUCCCAAUUCGACUACGACGACCUACAGUAAGAUCGAUCAAGUGCAUAACAACAUGGAUGAACCAUCAUCAGGAAUUGAAUUUGUCAGCAAGGGACUGAAAGUAAUAGAAAAAGAUCUAUCUCCGAAUGAUCCUGAUUUGGCUAAAUUCUAUGGUGACAUUGGUGAAGUGUUUAACAACAUUAAAGAUUACCCAAAAGCACUUGAAUAUUAUAAAGCAGAUCUUAAAUACAAAGAAAAAUCUCUGCCUGCAAAUCAUCUUGAUGUAGCUACUUGCUACAGCACUAUCGGUUCAGUGUAUCGUGACAUGGGUGACUACUCGAAUGCCCUUUCAUUUCUAGAAAAGGCACUUGCUAUCCAACAAAAAUCACUUCCACCAACACAUGCUCAUAUUAAACAAUCGAUAGAUAAUAUUAACGAUGUAAAAAAGAAACUGUAA